UCUCCAAAAAGCUCGCGGAGUCGUCCGAGCCGGGUUGCCUUUGCUGUCGUGGACUAGCAGGAGGGUGGAAACCUGAGUCCAGCGGUGAUGAGAGCUCACUCCGGGUGGAUUUCGCAUGGUGUGCUGCCAGAAGCAUCUGGAAAGGAUAACACAGGGAUCCACUCCCCCUCCGGAGGACCAGAGGAUAAUCCACAUCUCAGAUCUUUCGGUGUUUCAGCUCUGAGAGGUGUCUUCUAGCUCGUGUUUUGAUGUGGAUUCGGUUUGAUCAUACUGGCACUUAAAACCUUAACUUGCCAAGAGUGGCACGGUUUAGGAUUUCCUCAACUUUGGACAGGCUGGAUUACUGGCGCGUUCAGUAAGUGACAACACGACAAGCAGACAAACCCAGAAAGCAGGACAGAUUCCCUCACGGCGUCCUCCUCGUAGCUAUGCAGUGAAGAUGUGUGCAGCCAGGUUCAGUGGCUGCAUCAAUGGCUGUGCCGAAGACGCCACUGGUGGUGCCUUGGGGGCUGCUGGUCCUGUCACAGCCUCCAGGUUGCUGGACUGGACAGAGGCCGGUCCCCGCAUCCUCCACAGCCUGGAGAUGGGGACGGUGAUGACCGUCUUCUAUCAGAAGAAGUCUCAGAAGCCCGAGAGGAGAACCUUCCAGAUCAGGCAGGACAUGCGACAGAUAGUGUGGAGCCGAAACCCGGACAAGAUAGAAGGAGAGGUCGACAUACGAGAGAUCCGGGAGCUGCGGUUGGGGAAGGGCUCCAGGGAUUUCGAGCGCUACCCUGAGGAGGCCCGUAAACUGGACUCCGCCCACUGCUUCAUCGUGCUGUACGGUGUGGAGUUUCGCCUCAGGACGCUCAGUGUGGCUGCCUUCAGUGAGGAGGAGGUCAACAUGUGGAUCUCUGGUCUUAACUGGCUCAUGAUCGACACUCAGCGAGCGCCCGCUCCUCAACAGACUGACAGGUGGCUGAGGAAACAGUUUGAAGUUAUGGACAGGAGCCACGAGGGCAGCAUCACAGUGAAGGAUGUGAAAACGUUGCUGCCUCAGAUCAACUACAGAGUCCCCAACAUGCGCUUUCUCAAAGACAAGCUGCAGGAGGUGGAGGCCAGGAGCGAUCUGUCAUACCCCAACUUUGCACAGCUCUACAGAACUCUGAUGUUUGACGCACAGAAGAGUAUUAUUGAACAGCUGGAGCUCUCCUUCCCUCUUCGGAAUGUUGACCGACCAGAGCUCUGUCAGAUCUCCCUCUACGACUUCCAGAAGUUUCUACAGAUGGACCAGAAGGACUCCUGGGCAUGUGACCUCGGUCGUGUCAGAGAGUUCCUCAUGGGGUACAUGAGGGGCGGCCCGCAGCCUGAGCCCACGCUGCAACUCGACGAGUUCCUGACGUUCCUGUUCUCUAAAGAGAAUUCUGUGUGUGAUCCUCGACUCUCUCCUGUUGUUGCCGAUGACAUGAAGAGACCGCUUUCUCAGUACUGGAUCUCCUCCUCACACAAUACCUACCUGACAGGUGACCAGUUUUCCAGCGAGUCGUCUCUGGAAGCGUACGCCCGCUGCCUGAGGAUGGGCUGCCGCUGCAUCGAGCUGGACUGCUGGGACGGACCUGACGACCUGCCGAUCAUCUACCAUGGCCACACGUUAACAUCAAAGAUUAAAUUCCUGGAUGUUCUGCACACCAUCAAAGAACACGCCUUCGUCACGUCCGAAUACCCUGUGAUCCUGUCCAUCGAGGACCACUGCAGUGUGGUCCAGCAGAGGAACAUGGCCACGCACUUUAAGAAAGUGUUCGGCGAUCUGCUGCUCACCAAGCCCGUCGAUAACAACGCAGAGGAGCUGCCGUCACCCUACCAGCUCCGCAGGAAGAUCCUCAUCAAGCACAAGAAGCUGGUGGAAGGCACGCUUUACGAAGAGGUGACAUCAGCCAGCUACUCCGAAAACGACAUCAGCAACUCCCUGAAGAACAGCAUCCUUUACCUCGAGGACCCCAUCGACCACACAUGGACCCCUCACUAUUUUGUCCUGACCAGUAAUAAGAUUUACUAUUCAGAGGAGACGUCUCACUACCAGACGGCCGACGAAGAGGAGGACGAUGAAGGCAAAGAGCAGGAGUGCAACAACAACGAGCAGCACUGUGCAGAGCGCUGGUUCCACGGGAAGCUGGGCGGAGGCCGUGAUGGUCGGCAGGUGGCUGAGAAGCUCCUGCAGGAGUACUGCGAGGGCGGAGCCAAAGACGGCACCUUCCUGGUCAGGGAGAGCGAGACGUUUGUUGGAGACUACACCCUCUCGUUCUGGCGCUCCGGUCGAGUCCAGCACUGCAGGAUCCACUCACGCCAGGAGUCUGGCUCCACCCGCUUCUACCUGACAGACAACCUGGUGUUUGAAAGCCUCUACCGCCUCAUCUGCCACUACAGAGACACGCCUCUGCGCUGCAACGAGUUUGAGAUGAGGCUGGUCAGCCCUGUGCCUCAGCCCAACGCACACGAGAGCAGAGAGUGGUUCCACUCCAGUCUGUCCCGGGUUCAGGCUGAACACAUGCUGAUGCGUGUUCCCAGAGACGGAGCUUUCCUGGUGCGAAAACGCAGCGAACACAACUCCUACGCCAUCUCCUUCAGGGCGGAGGGUAAAAUCAAACACUGUCGGAUUCAGCUGGAGGGCCGUCUCUUCAUGCUGGGAAGUUCAGCGGAGUUUGAGAGUCUGGUCGACCUCGUGAACUACUAUGAGAAACACCCGCUGUACCGCAAGAUGAGGCUCCGCUACCCCAUCAACGAGGACACGCUGGACCGGAUGGGCACUGCGGAGCUCGACUAUGGGGCGCUGUACGAGGUCCGCACGCCUCAUUUCUAUGUGGAGGCAAAUAAGAUGCCAUCAGCACGGUGUACGGUCAAAGCUCUGUAUGACUAUCGAGCUCAGAGGGAAGACGAGCUCUGUUUCCCCAAACAGGCGCUCAUCCUCAACGUGGACAAGCAGGAGGGCGGCUGGUGGAGAGGAGAUUAUGGCGGAAAGAAGCAGCUGUGGUUUCCUGCAAACUACGUGGAGGAGGUUCCCAGUUCUCCCACCAAAGAACUGGACGAAGUAGUGUGUCAGUCCACAGAGAAUAGUCCUCUUGGGACAUUUCUAAAGGGCUUCAUCGAUGUGCCCACCUGUCAUGUAGUGGUGCACAAAGAUGGGAAGAAUUCACGGCCCUACGUGUUCACGAUUCACUCCCAGCAGCCGUCCUCUCACCCGGUCCAGACGCUGGACGUGGCGGCCGACAGUCAGGAGGACUUAACCAUGUGGGUUAGCAAGAUCAGAGAGGCGACACAGAACGCUGAUGCUCGGAUGCAGGAGGAGAAGCAAAUGGAGAGGAGGAAGAAGAUCGCGGUGGAGCUGUCUGAGCUGGUGGUCUACUGCAGACCAGUCCCCUUCAAUGAAGACAAGAUCGGGACAGAGAGGGCGUGUUAUCGGGACAUGUCCUCUUUCCCAGAGACAAAGGCGGAGAAGUUUGCGACGCGCAGCAGAGGGAAACGCUUCCUGCAGUACAACCGGCGGCAGCUCUCCAGAGUUUAUCCCCGAGGACAGAGACUGGACUCGUCCAACUACGACCCGCUGCCCAUGUGGCUGUGUGGCUCCCAGCUGGUCGCACUCAACUUCCAGACCCCUGAUAAACCCAUGCAGCUGAACCAGGCCUUGUUCAUGCUCGGAGGCAGCAGCGGCUAUGUUCCCCAGCCUGACCUCAUGAGGGACGACGCCUUUGACCCGUUCGACAAGGACACCUUACACGUGGAGCCGAUCACCAUCCAGUUACAGGUGCUGGGAGCUCGACAUCUGCCUAAAAAUGGACGCAGCAUCGUCUGUCCCUUCGUGGAGGUGGAGAUCUGUGGAGCUGACAACGACAGCUGCAAGUGUAAGACAGACGUUGUAGCUGAUAACGGUCUGAAUCCUGUGUGGGUGCAGAGGCAGUUUGUGUUCGACAUCCACAACCCCACCUUCUCCUUCCUGCGCUUCACCGUCUACGAGGAGGACAUGUUCAGUGAUCCAAACUUCUUAGCACAGGCCACCUACCCGGUCCGCCUGCUGCGAACAGGCUAUCGGAGCAUCCCUCUGAAAAACAGCUACAGUGAAGAGCUGGAGUUAGCCUCACUCCUGGUCCAUAUCGAGAUUGUGAAUGCAAAGGAGGAGGACGAUGAGAAUCUGUACAUGUCCAUCCAGCGGCUGCGGGAUCGGACCAGCGAGCUGUCGAACCAGGUGUCCCUCCUGGAGAGGUCAGGCUCAGGAGAUCUGAGCUACCAGCAGAGUCUGGAGGAGCUCAGAGCGGCUCAGGAUCAGCUGAGUGAGCUGGUGGAGGCUCGAAACCGCAGGUUGGUGGAGAAGAAGAGGAGGGAGAAGCUGAGGCAGCAGGUGGCAGCAAAGCGCAGCUAAUCCUCACGUCCACAAGAGGGCGCUAAACUGCAACACAAAUGGUGCCUGGAGCUGUGCAGCACAACAGCCUGUGAACAUGUCAGGCUCCCUACAGCAGCGAGGUGCCAUCCAUUUAUAACUGGAAGAAAAAGCAUGUGCUAAAAAUGUGAGAUUCAAAGGCAUUGGAGAAACAGUAGAGCAAAAAAAAAAAUCAUCUCAUGGACUUAAAAUAAAACCUCGCAAAACUAAGCUAUAAAACAAUCAUAAACUGAAGGCUGAAACACAUGAAGAGUAAACCGGAGACGAGCUUCACUAACACAAUUGCAGACAGGAGAGUUAAAAGUUGUAAAAAAGGAUUAGCAGCUUUUCUUUCUGUUGUGUGAUUAAACGUGUCUGAUUUUACAAUCUCAGUCCUACAAACAAAAAGUUAUUUGUGAUUAUUGAUUAAAUAAAUGAACCCCUCUCUGUAGUCUGCUAGUUAGCAUAGGUGUGUUGGCGGUUAACCAUAACCACAACAAAAAAUCAAAGUAUAAAGAUAUCUGAAUCUGGUAUUAUCAGAUAGACGAUGACAUCUGUCCACAACUUUUUGUCUCCUGAUUUUAGUAAGAUAUUUACUAGAGUCAGACCGAUAUGGGAUUUUUACGGGCCGAUACCGAUAUUGAUAUUUAUAUAUAUCAGCCGAUAUCUUUCUUAGAUUUAUGUUCGAUCCGUAGAGAUAGAUAGAAAUAGAUGUACUCAUUUAAUUACGUUAAUCCCUCAAAUGCAGUUAUCAAACACUUUUGGAAAAGAUUUAUAAUAAAGACAAGACGCUCACUCAACUGGAAAGUAACUUA